AUGGCACAGCAGGAAAGACCCACUACCCCCAAUGUGAGGGUUUUAAAUGCCCAAGAUACGCCCCCUGAGGAUUCCACUUCAGCUGUGAAGGUGUCUCAAGACUUGCAAAGGUUGAUGCUCAGAAUGAAGGGAGAGUUCAUGGAUGCUGAAGGUGCGGGGGUCAAAUACAAUGAUCUGAAGAAAGCACCCAUCUUUAGCGAAUAUAAGAAAAUGGCUGCUUCGCUGAAGACGAUAGACUUAGAGCCACUGUCGGUGGAUGAACGGAAAGUUUUGUUUCUAAAUGUGUAUAAUGUGUUAACGAUCCACGGCCUGGUUGACCUAGAUGAGAUUCCUACAUCCGUCUUGAACAUCCAACAGUUCUGGAAGUCGACAGCGUAUGAUAUCGGAGGUUACGUCUUCACGUUGGACGAUAUUGAACAUGGCAUUUUAAGAGCUAACCGAGGCCAUCCAGCUUCCACUCACCCCCAGUUUGGCAACACCGACCCAAGAUUGAAGUUUGCACUGAAAGAGGUUGACCCAAGGAUUCAUUUUGCUCUUGUCUGUGGUGCUAAGUCCUGUCCUGCAAUUAACGUUUACUCUGAAAAAAAUCUUGAUCGAGCUCUCGAGGCUGCUGCCAAGAACUUUUGUCAUCAGGAGGUCACGUGUCAUAUCAAAUUCAAUGAGAUCGGAUUGUCAAAGAUCUUCCAAUGGUAUCGUGAAGACUUUGGAAAGACAGAUGUUGAUGCAAUCAGAUGGGCAAUGUCAUAUGUAUGUGAAGAUGUCCAGUACGGAAUCAGUCUUCUGUUAGAAAAGCUGGAGGAGGAGGGAAAAGUCGAGAUAAAGUAUCGAGACUACAACUGGCGACUUAAUAAAGUGUAACCGUGGCCACUGGGGAAACAGUUCUAUCAUUGCAAUGUUCUAGCAGAAUGCUGAAUCGCUGCAUAUCUUAGAUAAUAGAUAAUCAAAGAUAUCAAAACCAAGAAUUUGGGUUUUUUUGUCAGUGCUCCCUAUGAAACUUCAAAAGUGUGUUGAAGGGUUGGCGCGCCCGUUGGCAUUUUCGCCACUUGGAAUGCUGCAUAUGAGUGGCGAAUGUAAAACAAUGUCUGGCUAAAACUUUGCGAAUUCAAUUUGAAUUGCGAUGAUUUGGCGAGAGAGUAAUAGUAUUGUGCGAAAAUUGAUCAAAGUCUAUCAAAAAGAUCCACUUCCACCCCAAUGCACCAAGGAACGAUCGAUAGUCAGUCAAACUUUAUCAUAUUUGCGGGCGGCCGCGCUAUCACACGUGGUUGCUAUCGUCUGCAUUGUAGUUCUACCCCUUGCCGCUAGUGGUUUUGGCGGCGCUGCCGGUCGCCUUACGCAUACAUUAUCGACUGGUUUCCCGCUCGCUCUGUUGCCAUGGAGUCUCCGGUCACGUGUUCCUCGAAUCGUUCGUUGAUUUGCUGGUCUUGUGCUGGCGGGUUGCCAUUCUCGCACUUGUUACUGUGGGCUUGGUCGGCCCCAAGAUGGACAAACGAUCGGCAAUGGCUAGAGCUGACUCAAUAUGGCUAAAAGUGACAGCCACUUGGCUAAAAAGUGGCUAGGAGGAAAAAAUUCAAAGAGCCAACCCUGUGUUGUGAAGUCAUUGGAGAACUGCCAUUUCCAAAAUCCGUUGCAUUUAGUGUGGUUUGUUUUAGCUUGAAAUGUAUUUAUUACUGUGGUGCUUUAAAAGAGAAAGUUGCUGAUGGGCUAUCAACUUCAAAACAAAAUGUAUGUCUCACUCACUGUAGUGGUUUGUAAAAGGAGUCUUAUUUCUUUUCGAGGUUUUUUAAAUUUAUUAUGACAUUGUUUCCUUCUGACCCUAUUUAUUCCUUUUCUCGCAACUUUGUGUCGGAUAAGUCAGGGUACUCCCAAUCUUUUUUGUAGAACAUCAUUGUUCAUUUAUCAUUCCAUUUUCACAUCACUCACUAUAUUGCACGUAAUCUGGAUCUUUGGAACUCGCUUUUGCAAAUAUUGUAUUUAGGUAGUCACUGCUGGCAUGCUAUUAUUUGGGUCAGCCUGUUUUGCCAAUAAAUAAUGUUCCUGGAUAGUAUAGGCCUGAGCACACUAGUCCAGUUGGCUACAACACAUGUUGUCUUCAAACCCUUGGGCAAAUUCUUUGCUCGAGGCAAUUGCUGGACAAAGCAAAUAUUCUGGCAAAAGCAGCACAAGUUUGAGAUACCUUUACUCCAAUAUUAGUCUUUCAAUAAUUUGUAUAUUUUGAUUAUGUUUCAUUAAAUUUUACCCUCAGUAACUAUUCUAUUCUAUGUUUUAUGUGAAUAUUUAAAGCCAAUAUAUAGUCUAUAUGAUAGUCUCUACCAUAUUAAUAGAUAUAUUGAUGGAUAGAAUAUUUAUUUACUGAUUGUGUUAAGGUUGAAUUAUGUAUGCAUUGCUGUCAGUUUUGGGAAAUUUUAGAACAAGUCUAGCUUGGAUGCAGUCUUCCAAAAGAGGUACAUGUGGGGAUAUUUAUCUAUAUCUGCUGGAAAUAGCUUUAUUUGUGAGAUAGAAAGCUAGAUAGCGAUAUUGCUCAAUAAGGCAAGAUUGUACAUGUAUAUGAAAUUGGGGAGGGAGGAGAGCACCAGACAUAUUCACUGCUCUGCUUUAUUUGUUAGAAUGUUUGUGAUUUAUGCAAAAUAUUCCUUGGAACUUCAAUAGUUGUGUUGGUUGCCAGUCAUUUUGGCAUCAGCAAAUCACGAUUUAAGUCUGGUCUGCAAGAUGCUUGCCCUGGUUACCACGACACUGUUCUGAGUUGUAUGGCCUAAAAGCCUGAUAAUCAAAAGGCCGCUUUAUCUCAUGGCUUUUUAUUGCAAAUUUGAAUUCUGUGUCACAUUUUUGGGAACAUAUUUUAUUCUAUUGCUGAAUUCGUUUCAUUGUUUCAUCGAAAAUUCCCUCUGGUUUUGCAAGUUUCAAGAUGUAUUUCAGUCCAUCCAAAGUGUUGAUCCCGUGAGGAGGGAGAAUAGAAAAUACAAAUUGAUACUUGCAUUCAUGGUCAGGGUGGAGAGAUAUUUUGUUUGUUAUCAUUUAUAAAUUCUAUAUGGACAGAUUAUUGAAUAUUUUGUAAUUUAAGAGGUACAUUAUACUUGCUAAGCUAAUGUAUUUUAUCUAGUACAAUACGUCUGUGUCUUGCUGAUAUCAUGACAGAAAUAAAUGUCCUAUAAAGGAA